AUGGAUGUGACUGUUCAACACAUGGAAUCAAGUAUAAAUACAGUGACAAGUACAAUCACUCCAGAGGAUGAAGUCAAUUCCCUCAUGGCACAAGUCAUUGAUGAAAAUAAUAUGGAUCUCGAUCAAACACUUUCACUUGCUAAGGUUGGAAAGGACGCCAUCAGUGAAAUUCAAGCAGAAUCUCUCAAAAAAAGAAGUUGA